AUGUUUGGGAAGUCACUAGUUCUGGAUGGGGUUGCAUGUAGCUUGGGGAUACUCCUGGAUACAUCUUUGUCACCAGAGAUUCAAGCAUCCUUUGUGGCUACGAGUGCCUUUUACCAGCUUCGUGUGGUUCACAAACUAUGGCUAUUCAUGUACAGGGAUCGCCUGACUACUGUAGCCCAUGUGUUGGUAACCUCAAGGCUGGAUUACUGUAAUGUUGCUCUUUGUGGGGCUGCCCUUAGGUUUGGUUCAGAAGCUCCAGCUGGGGCUCUGCUUGAGAGCACACAACACAGCAUUGUUAAACAACUGUACUGGCUUCCCAUUACUGCUCAGGAUUCUUGCGUGUUUAUAAAAUCCUGA